AUGGCUUUCAGCAACCACACAAACAGCAGUUCAGUCUUGCCGAAUUUACUCCACAUGUUUGUGGAACAAAAGAAGAACCUUCGGUUCAAUAAUUUCAGCAACCCAGCCUUGGAGAUGCAAGAGGAGAUAAUGGCCUCAUUUUAUAUCCUCAUCAUCGUUGGGUUUUUUGGCUUUCUUCUCUUUGUCAUGAUGCUCAGCAAUAUUGUUUCCAGCAAGCCUGAAAACUACAUUGACUAUCUCUAUUCUGGGAAGCUUAACCAUCAGAGAAGCAAGGUGGAGCUUCCAGGAAAGGAGAGCAAAGACACUUUUUUUAUCAUCAACAGCACCGCCUUACUGGAGCUGCAAAGGCAGGAUGGCAAAAACAACCAUGGAUCUGAGGUGCCAAGCACAGACACAGUCCUGAGGAAUGUGUUGCUCAGCCUUGGAGGGGGUGAUGGCAUUGGUGCUGGGCUCAAUGCAGAUCCCUCAGGGCGCUUCGCAAAUCUGCUCCUCAGGCACGUAUUUGAUGCUGCUUCAAAGAGGCAGUGCCUGCAGUAUUUAAGAGCUCUGAGGAUACUGCAGCUUAAUGGUUUCAAAGCCAUUUUUGUAGGGGAAACAGAUAUUCCAGAAAGUCUUAAAACAGGAGAAAAACUAUCCAAGGAGGCCAGACCGUGCUGGCUGGUAUGGAUGCUUGUUCAUGCUGGCAACAACCAAGGCAAUAGCAAACUGCUAUUAAGAAGUGAUCUGCCCAUCCAGUAGCAAAAUGGUAUCUUUCAGGAGUUGUGUGAAUCUCUGACCAUGUCCUGUGGGAAGUGCGUAAUUGUGAUGAGGGAUAAAAAUGAGCUGAUGUGUGUUGGGGAAAAAGGUGGUAAGGAGCCAGAGACGGGAACUCUGCUUCCACCAGAAAUCUACAUGUCCAGCAUUGAGUGUUGCCCUAGAGUUGCUAGAGCCAAUAGCCAUGAGCUCCUUGUGCCUUUUCUUAGGCAUCUCUACCCUAUGGACAUUGCCUGGUUUUCUUUGAAAUAGUUUAUUAUAAACAGGAAGGACUUUGCCCUGAGGUCUAUUGAGAGGACCCACUCCUCUAAUAUCCUCUUCAGUGACUCAUUUGUUAAAGGAAUAGAGAAGAUGACCCCAAACAAAUGGAAGGUAGCGAUUAACAGAGUGAAGAGAUCGGAGAACUACUACCUUGACACACCUUCUUAA